ACGGCUGGAAAGUGUUCUGUGAAAAAAUCGAAGGAAAAUUUUGGUUGGUUGAGAUUUUGCCAAGUCAUGGAGCUGCCUUCUAUGGUGGAGCGUUCGGGUGAUCGCCUGGUGGUGCGCAGCUUGGUUAGUGGUGCCCCACUUUAUCAGUCAUCUAUUGAGGGCGGACCAGGUGAUGCGCUUCCUGUGUCCCAAAGCAUGCAGCCGCCGAUAGGUCAGGACUUUCUGGAGCAACAACUGGAGCAGUAUAAGACGAACAACUUCAUGUUUCCACUAUCGAUGGCCGGGUUUGUUUCCGCAAACACUGCACCACCAGCGGGGGACUUGGCCAAGGAGAAUAUGGAGAACUCACUGCCGGAGGCUAAUCCGUGCAACAACAACAACGACGAGGAGCUGCCGCAGUGCAAGAUACGGCGUAACUACAGCUGCAACCAGUGCGCAUUCUUCACCCAAAAUCCGCGCAGUCAUCUCUCGCAUCUACGCGACGUCCAUGGCGAGCGGAUUGUGAUCAACGAGUGCAAGUUGUGCCUCUAUGCCUCACGCCACUUCCAGAAGCUGGUGCGGCACAUGAAAAUGGUGCACGGCUGUUCCGAUGAUGGCGGCGCAGUGCAGGGAGCAGGUGCUCAGCCGCGUGGUAAGCGAAAUCUCUCCAGGGAGGUGCGCAAGCGUCGUCUGGAGGAGAGCAUUGAAGGCCAGGGUGCGACUGGGCAAUCGCUGGACGUCAGCGUGCUGCGCAUGAUCCAAAAUGGACCGCCACUGGAGCAGCUGAAAGUAGAACUGCAGCAGCAAGAGAAGCAGCUACUGGCCAGUGUCCAGGCGUACAAUCGACAGCAGGAGAUGCUGCAGCUCCAGCAGAUCGUCGAGAGCCACGACAACAUAUUCUCCAUGGCCUACGAGUUCCAGACCAAGCUGAUGCCGCCUAAGCAAGAAGAGUCCCUGAAAUUGGAACAGCAGAACAGCAGCUCCGAUUCCGAGGAGCCUGCGAAGAGUCCGUCGCCGGAUGCCAGUGAACUGGUGUCGGGUAAGGAGCAUUUCCAAUGCAAGAAGUGUUCAUAUAGCACCCCCAUUCGAGCCAGAUUCAAGAAGCAUGUGAAGUACCAUUCCAUGCCGCUGAUCAAGUGCAGCUCAUGUGAUUUUCACACACCCUACAAGUGGAAUCUAGACCGGCACACCAAGAACCAUGGUGCCAAUGGCCAUUUCAAAUGCUCGGGCUGUGACUUUAGCACGGAUAUCAAGCAAUCGCUGACCAUACACGAAUCAAACCAUCAUGCGCCCAUACCAGUUCACCAAAUGGGCAACCGAAGCCGAGAUGAGGCAGAGGAUCAGGUGGAUCAACAGUCAAGUGGUUCCAGGAAGCAAGAAACGUUUAAAAAUGCUGCUACCGUUGCAGCGACGGAACCUCUGCUUCCCCGGACUUCGGGGAUCGUUUGUUCACACUGCCAGAAGCGGGUGGCCAAUGCCAUGCAGUUGAUCAACCAUCUACAAGUGUGCACUUUGGCAUUGCACAACACCACCCAACUGCAGGCUUCUAUCAACGCGGAGGUGGAUCUUCACGAUGAGGACUUCCCCAAUCCUCCCACUGAUCUUAGCUAUUGCGGCGUAGAAACAGCUCCUGGCUAUGGGGAGGUCACAGAAAUUUUGCCAGAGGAACCCGAAGAUAUGGCGCCUUUGAAGAAGGUUUUCAAGUGUCCUCAUUGCAGUUUUUGGGCAGCCACUGCAUCUCGCUUCCACGUCCACAUCGUUGGUCAUCUGAAUAGGAAGCCCUUUGAAUGCUCUCUGUGCGCCUAUCGCUCCAACUGGCGCUGGGACAUCACCAAGCACAUCCGUUUGAAGGCUCUCCGUGAUAGAUCCCAUAACCAGGCCGAGGUGCUGAUGAACGAUGAGACCGGGAGGCGCAACUACGCCAAGUACAAUCAGUAUCUGACUAUGAUGAAGGUAAGCGCCGAACAGAUGGCCGAUUCCAAGGGAAUGCGCACGGGUGAAAUGAUUGUGAUGCCGCCGGAGAAGCUAGACGACCAUCAUCCCAUGGAAACGGAGGAGAUCAUCGAGAUGGUGGACAGCGCUCCUUCGACCUCGGCACUGGAUUUACGAAAGCCCAGGGAUCACACGGAGCACUUAGCAGGCAACAGCGAUGAGCCGCCCCAAGAGGGAGCCAAGGAGCCAAAUUUAGAAUUGAAUUCAUCACCAGUCAUGCCAAAGCCCAAAGAGUCGCCUAUGAAUUUAACCAAGUCGGAUGGUGGUCCAUCAGAAGAAACGACAUCCACUGAUGACUAUGAAAGCGAUUAGAACGGAUCUUUGAAUCCUCAAUUCUCU